GUGUAUAUAGGUGUUAUGCAGGAUUACUAUGAACAAAAUAUGUUUCAAAAUAUUCCUAAUGCUGCAGUGAAUCUUAGUUUUGUUGGAACAAUAUCAAUGGUUUGUAUGAACGUCUCUAGUCCCAUUAUUCAAAUCUGUGUUUCUAUUUUUGGUCUUCGAUGUAUUUUAAUCGUGGGUACUAUUUUUGUUGGACUUGGUCUUGAAAUGGCUGGAUUUAGUAGUCAAAUAUGGCAUUUAUAUAUUACUCAAGGUGCAAUUUUUGGUAUUGGAGCAUCUAGUAUAUAUGUAGCUAUCAUGAGUGUUGCACCACAAUGGUUUACAAGACGUAGAGGUUUGGCUCUUGGAAUGAUUGCUAGUGGAUCUGGUAUUGGAGGUUUAAUUAUACCUUUUAUUAUGACUUCAAUCAACAGUAGUCUUGGUUCCAGUUGGACAUAUCGGAUUCUUGGAUUCAUUUGUUUAGCUUGUGAUAUCAUUGCUUGUAUUACCGUCAAGGAAAAGAAACCUUCCUCUGUUAAACUUAGAAAGAAACUGUCUCAAAUAAUCAAUUUUUCUGUUCUUAAAAAUACAAAUUAUGUUCUUUUUGCUGUUGCUUCUAAUAUUGGCUUAUUUGGAUAUUUUAUUCCUUAUUUUUUUAUACCUUCGUAUGCUACAUACCUCGGCCUUUCGAAUUCUCAAGGUUCUGCUCUAGUUGCUGUUACUGCUGCUUGCAACUUUGUUGGACGCAUCAUUACCGGAUUCCUUGCUGAUAAAAUUGGAAAGAUUAACACAAAUUUAUUAUUUACUUUUAUUACUUCUCUAAGUUGUUUCCUUAUCUGGACUUUUGCUGAAUCAUAUGGUUCACUUAUGGGGUUUUCAACUGUCUUUGGUCUUACAAGUGGCUCAUUCUUUGCCUUACUUUCUCCUAUUACUGCAUAUCUUCUUGGUAUGGAACAAUUUCCUUCUGGCUUAUCUCUAUUACUUCUGACAAAUGCUAUUCCUGUCUUUGGUCCUAAUAUUGCUAGCGCUAUAGAAGCUAGUGUCAAUUCUUCACCUUUCUUUAGUUACAAAAUGUUUGCUGGUGUUGCUUAUUUGUUAUCUACCAUAUUACUUGUCUUUCUCAAAUUGAAAUUUAAUCGUAAUAUCUUUGCAAAGGUUUAAAUAACGUAAUAUACACAUCCCUAUUAAUACAGAAAAAUAAACAUUUAUAGAUCUUUCAUUUA